AUGGGCUCUCGCUUCUCGAAGAAGUCGAAAGUUCAGCCUGAGUCCAGAACAGCAUCUCGAUUCUAUUCAUUGAGAGAGUUGGGACAUGGCACAGACAAGACGGAAGGUGAUGUUCCAAACACGGCUCGGGUGAGGUCAAAAUCCAAUGGAUGGACUGAUGAUCAAGAACAACACCAAACGUCCUCUAAAACGUCAGUGCACACAUCAUCGUUUUCAUCUGCAUCAUCAUUUACAACAGCCUCCUCCUCCGCAUCAUCAUCAAAUAUGAAGGUUUUGAACCAAAAGGUCGGGCGUGGCACGUCGUUCAACUCUCUUCCUCAAACCGUUGAAACGAGUAGUAGUGGCCUUAAUAACAACACAGCAACGAGCAGCACGAGCGGUUCGGACCUUAUGGUUGUUCCUUCUAGAAAACAUUCUUCCUCACCAGAUAUACACUCCAUCAAAGCUCAACCAACAAGUAAUACUAUUCCCACUAGCCAUUCGGAUAUUGGAGUUAUUCCUUCAAGGAGACCCCGACAUUUUCAAUCCAAAUCUUCACCACAAACCACCUGUACAAACCUCCCACAAUCAAGCAACAGCAUCACAAACAAGGUCACCUCAACUGAUGAGGAACAACAUCUGAAUACACAAUACGCACCAACGGCCGCCUCAUCAAAAACCUUGGAGUCAUCAGCAAACCCAACAGUAUUGGAAAGCAACAAAGACAAUCCUCCUAGCUCAGGCGAUUUAGAGGUAGCGUAUCUGAGUAACAAACCUAUUUCCUCGGUGGUAUCGACUUCGAGUUCGUCAGAAGUGGAACAAGCUAUUUCAAGUGGUGCUGAGUUACACAUUUCGGAGACGUCAAGCACACCUAUGCGACAUCUUAACAACGAUCAAGCUGCCGGGGAAAAUAUAGUACUGCAAGGUCGUCCCAAUGACACCUUGCGACCAGGGGUUGAUGAGCACGCUCAUGAAGAAAGAGACAGGAGGAGAUUGUCAAAUAAGGGAGCUGUAGCAUCAAACGGUCCUCAAACCAAAGUGUCAGCUAGCAAAAUAGAGAGCCACAAACGACAAGGCGAGCAGUUCGAUAUUGCAUCUCUCUUCAGCCCCAAAGUCAACCAUGACAUCCCCGCUUCUCCUUGGGCAAGACAAUCAUCCCAUACGACUUCCCUCAAUGAAGAUCAAAGAGGGAAGACUUGUGUCAACACGAACUCCAAAUCCACCAAUGCGUCAAUAAGCAAUAAUGCGCUUCAGUAUCAAAAAAACUGGUUUGAUUCAAUUUUCUGCAGAGUAGAAACCUCUCCAACAGCGAAUGCGGACAGGUCCCAGUGGGACACACAAUCCACAUUUUCAACAACAAGCUCCACAAAAAGCAGAAAAAGUUCUAAUGAAAUGGACAAGAGAAGGGUCUCAUUUGGCACAACAACAACCAUCACGUGUUUGGAGAGUGAUGAAACUUCUAGCAUUUCAUCCUACUCGAGCAAUAACUCGAAAACCUUAUCUAGCCGCCCCUCCUCGUCACACGAAUCGAGCAAUGUUCCCCUUAUUGCAAUAAGCAGAGCCGAUCUUCAUCAUGAUCAGAGUCUUUCAACAACUUCUCGCUCCAUCAACGAAGAAAGGCGGAAAAGAGUCCAAGAAAAACUCAAGCAAAGAACUACCAUUUCUCCACAUCAGCAUUUUGAAAGUGUUCGGUUUCACAGAAAUAAUCCAAGCUGCUACCAGCCUCAUCACAGAACAACAAACAAGACUGGCUACAGCACGUUCUCCCCUUCCUCAUCUUCGCAUAGAUACACGUUGUCCGUGUCGUCGUCGUCGUCAACUGACGGCUACCAUAGGAGUGGGCAGACAAGAGAAACCUCCGGUUUCGACCAACGGGUUAAAUAA